CGCGAAACGGCGAAGAAGAGUCUGUUUCCCGCCAGUGAAGGCUUACGCGUGGAACGUGUGUGUGCAGUGCGAAAAAGGAGUGUUCAUUUCUAUCGCACCCUGCAAGAUGAGUGACCACGAAGAUGAAAAGACGAUCGCCGAAGAUCUGGUGGUGACCAAGUAUAAGAUGGCGGGCGAAAUCGUCAACCGGGUCCUGAAACAUGUUGUAUCCAAAUGUGUGGUAUCAGCUUCAGUGCGAGAUAUUUGUGCGGAAGGUGAUGCGCUCCUCGAGGAAGAAACCUGUAAGGUUUUCAAGAAAGAGAAGGAAAUGAAGAAAGGCAUUGCGUUUCCUGUUUGUGCGUCUGUUAAUAAUUGCAUCAAUCACUACAGCCCCUUGGCCUCAGAGGGUGACACCAUCCUAGCCGAGGGUGAUCUUGUAAAAAUUGACAUAGGUGCUCACAUUGAUGGGUUCAUUGCUGUAGCAGGUCACACUGUGGUAGUUGGAGCAUCCAAGGAAAAUAGGGUUAAAGGCCGUCGAGCAGAUGUCGUGUUAGCAGCGUACAAUGCCUCAGAGGCGGCAUUACGUUUAGUCAGGCCUGGUAAUUGUAAUUUUGCAGUUACGGACACUGUCACAAAGAUUGCGGAGGUGUACAAGUGUAAGCCUGUAGAGGGUAUGCUUUCCUUCCAGCUCCAGCAGGGUCGUAUUGAUGGCGAAAAAACUAUUGUACAAAAUCCUACUGAAGCACAACGAAAAGAAGUAGAAAAACAGGAUUUUGAAACACAUGAAGUGUAUGGCAUUGAUGUUAUUAUAUCCACAGGAGAUGGGCAGGGAAGAGAACAAGAAGCUAGAGUGACUGUCUUCAGGAAAACAGAUGAAACCUACAAUCUAAAGUUAAAGGCAUCACGAGAAUUUUAUAGUAAGGUUCAAAAGAAUCAUGGCACCAUGCCUUUCAAUAUCCGUUCAUUUGCUGAUGAAAAGAAAGCAAGAUUAGGAGUAGCUGAGUGUGUAUCACAUAAGCUAGUUGAUCCAUAUCCUGUAUUAUAUGAGAAGUCAGGUGAAUUUGUAGCUCAGUUCAAAUUCACAGUUUUGCUAAUGCCUAGUGGACAACACAAGAUCACUGGCUUGCCAUUUGAUACUGAUUUAUUUGAAUCAGAAUAUAAAAUUGAAGAUCCUGAAUUAAAGCAAGUUAUCACUGCCUCCAUCAGUAACAAGAAUGCUAAGAAGAAGAAGAAGAAGGCAGAAAAGGAAGCUGCUACAGUAGUUAAGAGUGAAGAUUAGCAGGCAUCAUUUUAGAAUAGUACUGUUUUACCCCAGUAAGCCUCCAGCGAUCCAGGGAGACAGUGUUUGAGGGAGGAACAAGACGCCGCUACAUCACAAGAUCUUUUUAAUCCUCAUGGUCCAUUGUACAUCGGAGUAGUGAGAAAUAGUUUUUUGUACCGAUACCUCAACUAGGUCAAUCAGUGUGUGCCUAGAGUUUACAGAACACAUGGUUAAUGGCAUACCCAAGUCUCUCAGUUGUAACACUGUGAUGAGCUCUCUCUUUCAUUAUUGUACUUACUUCUCUUUUGAAGCUUGUAAAGUCUUCAGUAUUUCUUUCAUUUCUCUUUUAUUUUGGGGAAGGGUUUUUGAAUUAUUUAGGCCAAUGGAUUAAGCUUCAUAAUACAUAGGUUAUCAUUCCAGCAGCAUUUUAUAUCUAGCACCAUUCAGUGUAUUGAUGGUGGUUUAAUUUUUAUUUAUCUCUUACUUGGUGAAGUGGUUUAAAGUGGUUGAACAGCAGCUAAGAAUCGUGGUUUUGUCUACAGCUGUAUCUCUUGAGAAGUAGAUGUUAUAUUGCAUGUCAUUGGUUUUCAGUGUUUGCAUGUUAGUUUUGUGGAAAUUUAUGGUUAUAGCAUUUUAAGAGGAGGUUUGUAUUCAAGAGCACUCUUAGCUUGAACCACUUUUUUAUUUCUACCGAUUCAAGUUUGAACUUUUUUAUGCCAAAUGUGAACUCCGUAUUACAACUGAACUUUCAUCGAGCAUCUCUGCCUCAGAUGUUAUAUGUGAACAUUUGUACAAAUUUUGGACUCAUCCACAUUGAUGGCAAUAAGACUCGAGUGCAAGUAAAUUUUUGCCAUUUAUUUGUGGUCCCCUUUGAUUUUAAAGGAAGCAUUUAGUCACGAUGAGAGUGGAAUUAUGGCCUAGGAAGUAAGGAAUUGUCAUGGUUGUGGUAGCAGUGGUAUUUUUUUUAUUGGAAUACUAUGUUCAAUUUAUUCUAACUGGGGAAGUAAAAAGAUAUAGCUGUUGUUGACAUUGCCAUGUUAUAUUAGAUUUUCUGUGGAACUUUUAUCAACAGUCUAUUUGGGUUUUGGUUAGAAUUCUUUGGUCAAGAACGUUACCAUUUUGUUUUAAAUUAAAAAAUAAAUUUUUCUAGCAUAUCUGAUGGUAUGAACAAGCUGAAACUUGUCAUGGUAGUACAUUGAUAUGGUUUGGUCGACUAAUAACCCCAGGUACAAUAAUUAUAUUUUUUAAAGUAUUUAUCAUUACAGGAUUACUAUUAGCUUUCAUUUAAAGUGCAAAUAUUAAUUUUACUCCUAAUUAUGUUUUGAGUUCUUUUCAUGUCGACUCAUACAAAAUUUUUGAGUUAACACACUUAUGCCUCAGAUCACAUGGAAGGUUUCAUUCAGAUAUUGGUCAUGAUGCGUACCGUCCAGAUAGUUUAUUUUACUUUAUUUUGUGAUGGCAAUGCUACACGGUUACAAAUUCUGCUGAAUAAUUAACCUUUAAGUUUGUUUUUUGCAUUAGUGACUCAUUUCCUGAAUGAAGGAAAUUUGAGAAUUUAUUUGGUUAGAGACACACUUUAAUAUCUGUUGGUGUAAAUGUGGGAAAGUUUUGUUUUUAUUUGGCUAUUUGUAAACGGUAUUUGAAGCCACAAGUGGCUUUUUAGUUUUAAAGUGGCAGAUUUAUGUUGGCAGUUUUUUUUUUUUUUUUUUUUUUUUUUUUUUUUUAAGUUUUGUUGUACAGUAUUAGAAAAGUUAAAAAAAAAAGGUAAGACAGAUAAAGGCUAUAUAUUAAAGCUUUGUUGAUAAGAGCAUAUUAUUUUUAGAAGAUGUUAACAAACCAAUAUAUAUUUAUUAACAAAAAGUAGUGAUAUUUGGUCUCCCCAUGUUAGUAUUCCUUCAUGCCCUUUCCAUGUUUUAUUGUAAAUGGUUUUUUACCGUUUAUGCAGAAUAGUAGUGGAAGUGAAAAGGGGAGAGUUGCAUUCACAAUCAUUUACAAUUGUUACAGAUUAAAAAAAUAGGAAGUGGUUUGUAUGGAGUAUUGACUAAAUAGAAUUUUAAAGCUUUUCAUUUGGUAAGAUGUGUUUAUGAUUUUCUCAUUCUCCCCCCUAGUGAUUAAAAUUUAAACUUACAAUUUUUUUUUGUAAUAUUAGUACAGUACUGUAUUUUGACUUAGUGUGUCUGGCCUAGCAUUCUAUGCUACCUUGAGGUUGAGGUGAAAGGAACAGCAUGUGUAGUGGUGCCGGACAUUUUAUACGCAGGUUUUCAAAUCCAGAAAAUAAAGCCCUUGUUCACA